AUGCGGAUACAAAGGCUCUCGCCGGAGUCGCUUGCGUAUUUGACAGCUCUUCUUGUGAAUUUUGUUGACUCUAUGGGUGUCAGGUUUGCUGCGCCGGUCAUAGUGCCGUAUGGUCGUUGGAUCGGCGCCAGCGUCAGCACAAUCGCAACUUUCGCCACCGCGCAAGGCAUCUGCUUGAUACUCGCAAAUUUCUGGAUGCCCAAGCUCAGUGACGCGCGAGGUCGCAAAGUCGUAAUUUUCAUUUCGCUUGUUGGCAGUGCGGUUGGAUACGCUUUUCAGGGCAUAGCAUGGAGAAUAUCUGGCUUGGAGGUGUUAAGUUUCAUGAUCGGCCAGGGGCUCGCUGGUCUCUUCGGCGGAACUGCGACUGUUGUGCGUGCAUAUAUUGCUGAGCUAUCCCUAGGUGAUGCGGCCCUGCUGAAGCGGCGCAUGACCGGCCUCUUGGUCGCGAAUCAAGCUGCAGGAGUGGUGCUCGGCCCCAUCGCAGGGAGCCUUGCUUCCCUUCAUCUCCCGCUUCCUUUCUGGAUCUGUUCGGGGACUGCUCUGGUUGGCUUGCUGUGGGCGUGCAUCAAUUUCCAGGAGGUGAAGGACAUCAGGGCGGCCACCGAAGCCGCUGCCACACGCGAGCGGCCAGUCUGCGCAAUUGAUCGGGAUAUUGGUACGUCAGACCUUGGUAUUCUGCCCGUCACGAGCAGCGAUGCAGCCCUUGAGGCGCUGCAGGGCAACGAGAGCACGCACAGCCUCAGGACCGACCCGCCUGCCCAUCCACCCGGAGGCUCCCAGAGUGGAAGCGACAGUGCAGCCGAGUCAGAAACGGACUUUGAAGGCAGCGACGAUAGCGGUUCGAGCCCAUUGUGCAGCAAGGUUGCCUCGAGCCCCUGGUGCGACAAGGUAGUGCUGCUGUUCUUCACGGCGUACAUGUUUCUGUUCACUACGGUGGCAGGCUACAUGUUACUCUUACCCUUGAUGCUUAGAGAUCCAGUCUUUGGCCUCAUGACAGUGCAGGUGCCCCUCAGCGGCGAUCUGGCACUCCUUGACCUGGCCCGACUGGAAAAUGAGGCCCAGGAGGAGGAGAGCGCGGUUGGAGAAAACGCGGAGGGAAACAUCGCGAAGGCUGUCGGGCUUUUGGCCAUGCCGCAGGGUCUCCUCAAUUUGUUUUUCUCGAUGUUCGUGUUCCUUCCUCUAACAUCAAGGGUGGGGGAGACAGUGCCAUUACUCAUCAGCGGUGCUGGUUGGGCUGGCGUCUACAUCGCGUAUGGUUUCUGCUCACAACUCUGGCAAGUUGCCUUACUCAAUGCAGUAUCCGGCAUGUGCCUUGGCAUCAUCGUCCCGGCGAUCGGCCCGCUGCUGUCACAAUAUGCAAGCGCUCAUUAUGCAAAUCGGUUGGCAAAUACCAUGGCCGUGCCCCUGAUGGGCAUGUAUCUAGCUCAAGCAUUUGGGCAGCAGACCAUGGCUUUAGUUUACACGCACUGCGGUUUACAAGCUGCAUGGAUUGCUAGCGCGGUGUGUAUCAUUAUUUCUGUUGUUCUGAUUGUAUUGUUGCUUUAUCUUGUGGCAGCCCAGUCGCCGACGCCCGACAAGUCCAAACGUAGAAGCCUAUUGGAAGCAGACGCUGAUGAUUUUGAGAAGUAUGUCGACUCAUUAUUGUCGGAACUCAGGGCGUUCCUCUUGAAAAAUCGGCAUGCCCUCUGGAGUUGGCCCAUGCAGCACGUGGUGUGGGACCGCGUCACAAAUCUUGUGCCCAAGGUUCGCGAAUGGAAUGACGAGUCCCACGGGCAAGAAUAUAUUGAGGACCUGAGCGCGCUUCUGCUACCAUACCGCGAGCAGCUUCACCGGUUCGAGGAGCAGUUUCCAGAUCUGCGGCAGCGGCGCCUUCAGGAGGAAGAGCUUGACGGGGUCAGCGUGGCCGGGACCCGCAGCAUCGUUUCUAACUCGCCAAACGAGAGGCUCCGUUGGCAAGUGUCUUCGAGGAUAUCGGUCCGCACGGAGUGA